CACCCAAUUUAUCAUGCUCCUCUCUACUCCUUGUCUCGUCUUUCAAAGCCUUCUCUCACCCUUGGUUUUGGAGGUUUUCAUGGUUGCCCACCUUCUCUUCUCUUGCUCUAGGCCCUUCUAAGCGUGUCAGUCUUCCAUCCCCCCACCCCCCCCCCCCCCCCCCCCCCCCCCUCAAUUUCUGGGACUCCCAUCUCACCUUGUUUCUCAUCUUUUGUUUUAGUCUUUGUUGUUUCGCUUUUAUGGGCCUAUGAAUGCACCAACCCCUCCUUUCCGAUCUACAGGAAGUCUUUGUACCUGUUGUUCAAUCGCCAGGCAUGGUUUGUAGAAAGAUGAACUGUACUGACGCCCUGUAACAGUGGUUGUAGGUGGUGGAGAAGUUGCUUGGCCUUUCGAAUCUCUCCCACUUUAUCGUAAGCGUAAUCAUCUCGUCAAGGCAUUAGAACCAUCUCUCCACAUUUACUGGCGUUUGCUUCCCCAUUGUGUCAUUCCAUAAAGCGUCUGUUGCAUUGGUCUUGCUACCACCAUGUCGGCCAAGAUGAAAGGGAUUUACAAAAGUUUCAAAUACAUUUCCCAAAUUUUUGUUGUGAAGGAGCGUGAGAUGGAAAUUGGGUACCCAACAGAUGUUAAGCAUGUGGCACACAUCGGGUUGGAUGGCCCUUCUGGCAGUGCACCUAGUUGGAUGCAUGAAUACAAAACAGCAUCUGAGUUUUCAACAACAUCGCUUGGUAGCAUUGGUGAAUUUAGAGAUUCCUCUUCCAUGCCUCUUUCCGCUUGGUCCUCUGCGGGUAUGUAUGCAGAUUUUGAUCAUUCCAUGAGACACCAACCAGCAGGUGACAUGUUCAAAGACGUUCCGCCUACAGAUCUUCCUACUAACAUUCCCAAGAAACAGAAGCGAAAAAAGUCUAGGUCUACUCCUUCUCCCAAGUCUUCUUCGUCUAGAUCCUCACGAGCAGCGAAGUCGAAGCCUGCAUUCAAUGAUCAUAUGGAUGCAACAUCAAACCUACAAGUCUAGAACUGGCCGGUGUAAGAUUAUAAUAUUGAUGCAAGGGAAAGUUUUUCUAAAAAAUGUUGAUAUGAAUAGCAGAUCAAGUUGUGAAAUCCCCUUUUCUUACUCAUAUAAGUGUGCAUAGAUUGAAACUCCCAUCAGUUCUGCUGCUGCAAGUUUAGCUGAUUUGAAUGACAACUUCGAAAAGAAUUCGAAGGGAUGCUGUUUUUAUAGUUCUGAAAGGUACUUGAUGAUUAGAGUUUUUGUUUGACAACCUUGAAAAUUCUUUCUAAUUAAUUCUUUGCGAUGC